GUGCUCUUAUUCCACAUCACUUAUUGCGUUUUGUAGUCUUUAUGACAAUAAAACGUUCGCAAAGCUUUUUGCAGAUAUAUUCGUGACAUUGGAAUAUCACUGUACUGGCAACCUUAUUUACUUGUCCGUUUAACUUGUUCCGGUUGAUGAAAUGUUUAAAUCAGUAAUGGACUGGUUUAGCAAAUGAACGUCAAUCAAAACAAGAAACUGUACCUUUAAAAUUUAAAGCUCCUCGAUGUUCUUAUUUUCCAAAUUUAAACUUGUGAGUAAGUAUUUAUAUAUAAAUCUUUUAUUUACAAAUAUUUUCUGUAACCUAGGUUGACAUUUGUAUUUUCAUAUAGUUCUGAUUUUUUAUAGAUUCUUGUGUUUGAUACAGAUGACCAUACAAUGUAAGAAAAGACAUUAAGAUGUUCUUUUAAGGUACUCUGAAUCAAGACUUGAAACACUGUGUUAACAGCAGCACAUUUGGUAAGUGAAAUUUACAAAUAAAUCUUGUCAAUGAAUUUUUGUUACUUAAAUAAUUGUAGUAUUUAAAGCUUUGAUGUGUACAUAUACCACGUGAAAUAAGGGGAAAACGCUUUUAUCAAACUAAUUUACAUUUUAUAAACUAUAAAAAGUGUGUUUUCAAAUUCUAAGUUGGUAGGAUAUCUUUGAUAAACUGUUGUAGCAUGCUGGAGAGAUGUCAUCCUUUUUCAAUUGGUUGUGCUUCCCAAAUCGUCACGAACGAUCAAAACACAAGGCCAAGCUAUCAAGGAAUCCGGACGAUGAUGGUGGAUUUCUCUCCGUUAAACAUCAAAAGAGGAAAUUAAGCAGAAAUACUACUCAGGGAACUGACUAUAUACGUAAACAGGCUUCGUUCAGCGAACAAGACAGGAAGUACCCAGCCAGAAGUGAACAAAAGCUAGAAGACAAUAUUGUACCAAACAAACGGAGGAGGGUCCAGGAAAUAUUUAACUUACAAAACUCCGAACGUUCUGAAAGUAUCCCGAGUAGCCAUUAUACCGGGAGUAGAUACAGUAGAAACAUCAGAGCAAAGGGAGACUUUGGAAGUGAGUACACGCCAAGGAUGUACUAUCACGAACAUAGCGCUAUAGGAAACAAGAGUGAGAGUAUGUAUGGAUAUGUUCCUAAGACAGUGCAGACUUGUAGUGCUUCAAAAGCCCUAGAGGGAAACCGGGUGGACGAUUUCUUUUCAAAUCUUCACAGAGACAAUGCUCUUCAUCUGUUUGGGAAAAUGAGUGCAAGUAACUACAAACAAAAUCCGUUAAUGCCAACGUUUACGUUUUCACAUUCCCCGAGUCAGACGUCUGUGUCUACUACAGAUAAAGUAUCGCUUAUUGAGAGUGAGGAGUUUAUAAAUGUGGACGAACCUGCCUAUGGCGAUUAUCCUAAUAUUUCAUCACGUGUUAAUUCUGUUCUGGAGGCCAGUUUUGAUUCCAUGUGGAAUAGCAAUGGCGAAGUCUUGUACUAAAUUAAGCCCUCUGUACAAUCAUUUAUUUGGAACUUUUUGAAUGCAGUAUUCAAGUUAGUUAUAAUUGUCCUAUAUUGUUAAAGACUUAUCUACAGAUUU